AUGGGGAGCAUACUGGGCACAAGCAAGACCGGGAAGCCCGUUUCAUUUACGGCGUGGGCCCUGUUUGACGAAUUUCCACUUUCGAGCCCGAGGACCAUGACGGAUCUAGAAGAACUUCCCGAGCCCGUGGGAGCGGAAUGUGAAGACUUACGUCUGCUGUUAAAGGGGCUUAGUGCAACUGCAUGUACGGUUAUGUCCAACUGCCGAAAUCAAGACACAACUUUGUUAAACCAAUCAAGUAAUUUCACUUCAACUUAUCCGAAUCUCUGCCGAAGUUUGGGUGUGGCAACCGGCGCCAAAGACCUGAAGAGAGACCAAAAAGAGGCAACACUUGAGUCGUAG